ACUGUGAGCAUCCAGACCAUUGGAUGUGGGAAACCGAGCAGUGUAUUUCAAGUAACUUGUCAGACGGGCAUUGCACGUCCACCCAAACCAGACAUAACUAUGGGUAUAAAUACUAACAUUACUAAAAUGGAGUACAAUAUGUUUGUUUUGAAAUUCAGCACAAACCUCCUAAAUAGUGAAAAUGGACCAAUUGUAGCUUAUGGAAUCCUGGUGACUUCAGGCGAUGGACCUGCUAACUUAAGUUACCUGACUAACACCUGGACGCAACAUCAGAAGACCCCUUAUCUGGCUUUGAUACAGAACAAUACGGUCCAAACUCGAAAUGGGGAAAACACGAUAACUGUUGAUGUAGGGUCUGGUUCCAAAUAUGAAGGCUACUACAAUGGACCGCUGACAGCUAAAACUACUUACAGAUUUGGUUUGGUGCUGUUUACCCGUCUGAAAUUAGAUAAUAAAUUGGUAAAAAUAUCAGAAUCCUAUGUCACGUUCUCAGAUUUUGAGCCCAAUGCCAUCAGGCUUCCAGAAAAUCCAGCUGUCAUUGGUGGUGCAGUGGCUGGAAUGCUGGCUUUUCUAGUCAUUCUAAUCUGUAUCACUGUGAUACUUACAAUCCAUUGGAGAAGGAUCGCUAAGAAAGACUCUGCUGACAUCCCUAUUCAGCCUAUAAGAGGCAAAGUUAGCAUUCCCAUACGUGUGGAGGACUAUGAAGUGUACUACAAGAAGCAGCGAGCUGAUUCCAAUUGUGGGUUCGCUGAGGAGUUUGAGGAUCUCAAGCCUGUGGGUGUGUCACAGGCCAAGGUCAAUGCUCUGGCUCUGGAGAACAAGGGGAAGAACCGCUACAACAAUGUACUUCCAUACGAUUCAUCGCGGGUCAAGCUUUCGAUCAAUGGAAGUCCCUUUGACGACUACAUCAAUGCCAACUAUAUGCCAGGCUACAAUUCCAAGAAGGAGUACAUUGCUGCACAGGGUCCUCUUCCCGCUACGGUGAACGAAUUCUGGAGAAUGAUCUGGGAGAAAAACGUCCACACCCUGGUGAUGCUGACCAGAUGCAACGAGCAGGGACGGGUGAAAUGUGAAGAAUACUGGCCAUCUAAAACCAAACAUUUCAACAACAUAACGGUAACAACAACAUCUGAAAUCCCACUGGAGGACUGGACCAUAAGGGACUUUGACGUAAAAAAUGUCAAGACAGCAGAGACCCGAGCACUGCGCCAUUUCCAUUUCACAGCCUGGCCGGACCAUGGAGUGCCCGAGACCACCGAGCUGCUCAUCAACUUCAGGCACUUAGUGAGGGAGCACAUGGAGCAGUUCUCCCGCAACUCACCCACUGUGGUGCACUGCAGUGCGGGAGUGGGGCGGACCGGAACCUUUAUCGCCAUUGACCGUCUGAUCUACCAGAUUGAGAGAGAGAGCAUGGUGGAUGUGUAUGGAAUCGUCCAUGACCUGCGCAUGCACAGGCCACUCAUGGUCCAGACUGAGGACCAGUAUGUGUUCCUAAACCAGUGUGCCAUGGACAUCAUCAAAUCAAGGACUGGGACCAAUGUAGACUUGAUCUAUCAGAAUACAGCAGCACUCACUAUUUACGAGAACAUUCAGCCCAUGAAGGGGGGAGAUGGCUGCCCUGAGGCCUAGUCCUCUGUGUGUCAUACCAUACCUGCCUCCAAUUUCAGAAGAAGGAAGCCUUUUGACAGAAAAUGAUUGUAUUUUUUUGAAUGUCUACCCUACCAGAAAUUAUGCACAGGAAUUGAGGAUGAACCUUGUUCUUUCAGUAAA